GCUCGCAUCAGAAUUGAAGAAUUUCAUGGUGUUGUGGGUGACACAUAUACGUAGAAAAAUUUUAGCGUAAGAUACCGCAUUGGCACCAACUGUUAGGAAAUGGAAUCAAUGGAAUAUGAGCUCGCUAGGAACCUCACUCUGUUGUUUUUCGUGGAGCGCCUGCUCGAUAAAGGCGAGCCGAGAACGUUGCACGAUCUUUCCUGUCAGUUUGGUGCCAAGGGUUUCACUAAGGAGAUGCGUCAGAUCGCUGGCGGGUCCCAGUCGGGUUUAAAGAAGUUUCUGGGCCAAUAUCCCGCGUUGUUCAACAUAGACGGGGACUAUGUCGAUAUCAACACGUUCCAGCGGCACCCGAGCGGCGCUGGCUCCUCCUCAAACAACGACUACAUCGAAGAGGCGAAGGAAUAUUUUGCCAGUAAAAUGAUACAAUACGGCGAUGGAACCGAAGUACCUAUCAAAAGCCUCCUGGGCCACAGAAGCCAAGCUUCACCACAAGUGCGUCACAUUUCUGGGCAGCGCAUCAAAGAGUUCAAGGACUUUCUCAUGAAGCACCCGGACACUUUCCAGAUAAUUGAAGAUAAUGUUGUUCUAGUCAGUGAGAAUCAUAGACGUGACCAUUCACAUGCUAACUCAGAACAGUUUCACAAUCUCCCCGUUCCGAACAUCAAUACGGACACGGCUCAGCAGCUCCUAGACUACGUCGCUCAGUGUAUUGAAGCCAAAGGUCCAGUGAUGGUAGAUCAACUAUUCCACUUAAUUGUGUCCCGUUUCCCACAAGAAUACUGGUAUCAGAUGUUCAAAACACCAGCAGAUUUAAGUGCAUUUUUAAAGAUAUUCUCUGAUAGCUUUCAUGUUCAAGCAAACCUCGUGACACUCAUUAGUAAACCAAAAAUACCUGUAAUGUAUCUAAAUGCAAAAGCUAAAGGUAAGACUGAUCCACCAAAGCCAGUUGUGGAGGAGGCACCCGUCUCUCCAGUUCCUCCACUCGCUGUUAGUCCGACCCCCUCUGACGGCAUGAAAAGUCCAGCGAACAGAAUACUCAGUCCUGUCGAAUCUCCUAGAAGCCAACAAGCCAAUAUAGCAAAUCAGACCCUAAAGCAGAGGAUUAACUCAAUUGUUAUAAAAAACUUAGCAGAAAACAUGGUUAGGGACAGAGUCAACAAUCAUCUUAACCGUGCGGCCGAGGAAACAAACGGAAUGGCUAGUUUGAAGAACAAUAUGAUGGGUGAAGCUUGGAGACAGAAAGUACUGCAAAGUGCAACUGUCAUUGCUAAUGCAAGAGAAUGUGCAACAUUAGUAGACAGCAUCAUUGGUGCUAAACGCUCCACAAAGAGCAUCAUAUCCUUUGAUUGUGAAGGCAUUAAUUUGGGACUAAAGGGUGUAUUGACCCUAUGUCAGAUAGCUACAAUGAAUGGUGAGGUAUAUUUACUUGACAUAUUGGCAUGUCCGGCUAUGGUUGUUGAAGGAAAAAUUAAGGAGUUACUAGAAAGUGAGUGCGUUGUUAAAAUUAUUCAUGACUGUCGCAAUGACUCAGUCAAUUUAUAUAAUCAGUUUGAAAUCACUUUGAAGAAUGUGUUUGACACUCAGGCCGCCCAUGCCGUUCUGCAAUUACAGCAACAAGGUGUUCCUGUUUAUAAAGUUAAAAAUCUUAGCCUGAACGCUCUGUGUGAAUUAUAUAAUGCACCGAUGAAUCCAAUGAAGGAACAGUUAAAGAAUGUCUAUCGCAGGGAUCAGAGAUAUUGGGCUAGGCGACCUCUUACAAAAGACAUGAUAAUUUAUGCAGCCUCUGAUGUAUUAUCGCUUGUCAAUCCAGCCAUUUAUGCCUAUAUGUCUGCGAAUAUUAACCUGGAAAAUCAACAGCUGUUCGAGGAAUUAUCAAAUGAACAAGUAUUCAUGCACAUACAACCAACGGAAGUGAAGUUACGCAAGAGACAGAGAAAAAUAAACACAGAAGUUGGAGAAUUGAAGCUUAAACUGGCCGAAUCUACUAAGAAUAUUGUUUUAAGCAAUAGGGAAAUAAGAUUACUGAGGUAUUUGGAACUUACUGAAGAGGAGAAAGAAAAGCUGAAAGGUUGUCACAAAAUAUCCAAGAAAUUGGAAAAGCUGGAGGCUAUGGGCCAGGACAAGGACAGCGAUUCUGAAGACGACGAGAAGGAAAACGAAAUGGCCAGUCUGGAGUCGAACCCUUCAGACUCUAUAUCCUCCCCACACUCAACCCAACCACCCAGUCUAACAGAAUCCAUGCAAAUGAUGGAUGAAAUAUUAUCAGAUACGAAUAUGGAUAAGGUUGAAAAAAUUAAUCGCCUUGAGGCUAUACUCUCAGCCGUGGCCCCAUUGAGUGGCGAGCUCGAAGAUAAGUUCUCAAGGACCAUGGAGCAGACAUUACCACUGCUCAAGAACAAGGAUUGGUCAAAUCUAAGCCAAAUCUUGAACAUCGGUGACACUGACAGGAAGAACUGUUGUUGUAAAUGCCAUAACACAAAUUUCGACGAUGUCAAGUGCAAUGAUCUCAACGAAACUAAGAAGGCGGAGAUAGCUUCGCAGACUUUGAGCACGGGGGACAUCGUUAUAACGAGAAUCCACUUCAGGGAAGAGGACAAACUCAACGAGAGGACAAUUGACGCCUCGCCUUUCAGUAAGAGGGGAUUUCCAUGAAUCCAAUUCACGAUAAUCAGAGUGAAUAUGGAAUGAUGAGCAGUUAAAUACAAAUAUCAAAUAGCAUAUGCGAGCUUCAAUAUUCAAAUGUUCAUCGAGCAUAGCAAAGUAUUACUUGGCUGUUCUGGGCCGCUUGCAGUCAAGCAGAUAGAAAAUAAUAUGUAAUGAAAUAAAUUUACAUAUUUCAUCUAACAACAGUUUGUUAAGAUUUGUUAAAAACUAUUUCAUAUAUAAUAUGGGAAGUAAAGAUGUCUAUUGCCUAUUGCUUGUUAACAGACUGUGUUAUAAUAUUAAUAAAACAAUUUCAAAUCAAACAUCUAUAAGUUUUAUAAACUGUAUUUGAAGUUCAUCCAGUACAUUUAUUAUAAUCUAUUAAAGUAUAAAUUAAAUUAAUUUGGUGAGAAAAUCAGGACAACUAUCUUAACACCUUAAGUCAGAUUUGUUCUGCAAUCUAAUGUCCUCAUCUUUGAUUGUACUUACAAGGUUUUUAUACUGAAAUGAAUUCUAUAAACUUUACUUUGCAACAAAAAUUAUUUUUCCUAAAGGCUCUAAAGAAUGAGUUUCAUUACUGUAAAACACAGCUAUGCCAAGUAUAAGCAAAUGAGCAUAAUAGAUAUAUGAUGAUUCCUAAGAUAAUAAAUAAAGAAAUGAAGGGUUCUGAAGUUAGUUAAGUUUUCUACCUACAUGUUAAAUUCAAACACGUUAGUAAAAUUCGCUAAUUUGAAAUUAUAUAAAUUGUUCGAUAAGGCAAUUUUACAGGUUUUAAAGUUUCUCAAAAAACACGCGACAAGCCCUGUUUUAAGUAAUAGCAAAAAACAAAAUAGGACUGAAGGAGGAUUUUAAAAUUAUUACUCUUAUAGUCCAAUUAAAUACUAGGCUAAAUUACACUUUAUAUACAAAUAUUGGAUCUCUGUUUUUCAUUGUGUGUAUAAAAACAAUUGAGUUCAAAACAAAUAAUAAUUUCUCUUUGACGUCCAUGUGGCAAUUAAAUGUCAACAUGGCAUUUAUAACUUGAAUAAGUACCGACAUGAUGUAUAAAAAAUAAAAAUCUAUAGACAAGGCAA